AAACCCCAGAUUGCAAUGUUCAGCUAUAAACAUGCCAACACCCAGGUAUGUAAUACAGGGCGAUCAACAGUGUGUGUCAUAUAGAUAACCGAUCAAUAAAAAAACCCAGGAACGUAAUACAGGACAACCAAUAAUGUGUGCCAUAGAUAUAACCGACAAAUAAAGAAACUCAGGUACUUAAUUCAGGGCAAUUGGUAGUGUGUAUCAUAGAAAUUACCGAUAAAUAAAGAAACCUGGGAAGGUAGUACAAGGCGAUCAAUAAUGUGUAUCAUAGAAGUAACCGAUAAAUAAGGAAAUUUGGGUUCGUAAUUCAGGGCAAUCAAUGAUCUCUGUGAUAGACAUAAGCGAUAAAUAAAGAAACGUCGGUACGUAUUUAAGGCGAUGAAUAAUGUGUGUCAUAUAAAUAACCGAUGAAUUAAAAAAAAUGUGUACUUCAGUCACAGGUUUUUCAUAGAAAUAGCCGAUAGAUAAAAGACACCUCUGUACUUAAUUCAGGACGAUCAACAGUAUGUGUCAUUGAAAUAAUCGAUAAAAGCAUACCGCGGUACACAAUUCAGGGCAAUCGAUAGUAUGUGUCAUUGAAACAAUAGAUAAUUAUAUCAAUUUUAUCCAUCAUAACGGUCUCUAACCCUGUUCAGGGGUCUGUGUUUGCCCAAAUAUCUAUUUUGUAUUGCUUGUAGGAGUUAUGAGAUUGUAAAUUGUUCUUUAUCUUCACCUUUCACUCUUCUUGCAUUGAUUUCUUUUCUAGAAAUGUAGAUUGAUUACAUGUAAAUAUCUUCCUUGAUCAUAAUUAUAUUCUAUUCCUAGAUUGAAUUAUAAAGUGGAUUCAGAAAUUGUUUAUUAUGAUCGAGAUAGUGUGUCAGAAGGUGAGAUCUAAUGAUGAUGAUGAUGGUUUCAAGUAUCAACAUAUGUCAACUCAAUAGUUGUAUUCUAGCAUUCAUCUUAAGAUUUGGUUUAUCAUGGCGGAGAUUAUGUGUCAGGGAAUGAGCUCUAAUAAUGAGGGUUGUAAAAAGUUGAACUCUACGUGCUGCUACAAUGAAUAUUUCGAUAAAGGAGCUGGCAGUUGUGUAGAUUGUGCGCUGGGAAGCUUUGGUUGGAAUUGUAAAGAAAGUUGUGUUAGUGGAUACUACGGUUAUCUGUGCCGGAGUGAAUGCGAAUGUGAUGCUCAUCAUUGUGAUUCAGCUACCGGUUGCAAAAGAGAUGUUCAUAAGGACAACACUAGUGAAACAAUGUUUCACAACGAUUCAACAGCAGAGACAAUCAGGCAGGAAGCAGGACCAACAGAAGUCACAAAGAAUUAUGUACAGACAAGCAUAUCUAGAUUAACCUUGACAAGUACCACACGUGUUAAAGAGGAUGUUCCUGAAGACUCAGAUCAUCAUGACAAAAACCAAUGGAUUUCAGUUUCCUUCCUUUUGAUUGGUUCUCUAGCUACAAUUUUCAUUUUUGGAAUUCUGUUUUAUCUACGGACAACAAGACGGUGUAAAAUUGGUUCCAGAUACCCCGAACUAGAUGGUAUUAACGUCCAAGAAGAAGUUGAUGAUGAAGACCCCGCCGAUACGACUCUAGCUGAGGAGGGGCAGACGGACGACUACGCUGAAAUUCGAUACUCACAAUUUAAUGUUUGUAGCAUUACGUUUAGAACAUCUAAUAAUACAACUUAUACAAGAGGCGAAAUCGGGGCUUGUGGAAUCGGAAAUCGAACAAAGCAGAACGUUUACGAUAGAUAUGAUGAUUGUGAGUAUAGUCGUCUGCAGCUCAGGAAAAAGCAAAGUAGAAUUUUCAGUCAGGAUGGAACACAAAAACCGGGAUACCUAAACCAGGACGAGGAAGUGUGUAUGUCAUUGAAACCAUCAGAGUUAACGAAUUAUCCCUUCACAAAAGCUAACACUUUACCUCGGAAUUCUCAUAUCAACAUCGGUGAUUAUGAGCAUAACACAGAAUGUUAUAACGAUAUCAUUCAUAGCACAUCAGAAAGUCAAGUGCGGGAUUUUCAGCAAGGAUCUCCUAAAUCUUUAAUACGUAUGGAAUUUUCUAUGACAAGAGAAAAAGACGAUAUAACGAUUGACAUUGAAGACAGACCAUAUAGUUUUGUUAGAUUGUGAGAUAUCGCAAAAUAUUUCACACAACUAAUAUUGCAAAUCGGAUAUUGGUCAUAUUGAUCAGUGAAUGUAAUAAGUUGCCAAUCAUAUAAAUCCUAAAAAUAAUACAAACUUAAGAAAAGGGUAAACUUUAACCACUUGACAUAGCAAAAGUGGGACCACGUGCCUAGGAGGAGUAAUCAUCCCCUAUUGACCGCUCACAGUCAGUAUAAGAGGAUCACAAUGGUGGGCUUUCUUUGUUAAAACAAUCGUCGUACAACCAUGGUGCAAUCCUGAAGAAAAUGCUUUCCAACUCAUUAAGAAGAGAAAAGGACACAAAAGUGUUAAAACAUUAAGUUCGACGUUCCAGUUAAUUUGUUGCUGCACAGCAAAAUAUUUCAUGAUGACCUGCUUGUGCAUUCUACAUUAUUGUAAAACAGCCAUUGAACAAUAAAUGAAAACAUGCCAAA